CCUCUAUAUAUGGCUCCAUCUGAAAAUUUCUCAACCAAAAGUAAGCAGUUCCGGUAUCUUUUCCCAUCUGUAACCAGUCUAGAUCGGAUUCGAGGUACCCAUCGGAGCAAAGAAAAUGGUCUCCCGCCUCACUCCUCUCCAAUCCGGCAUGGCCACUUUCGACCUCGACCGGCGUGAGGACGAGUGUGAUGUUUACUAUGCUGAGCUCGAGAGGCAGAUCCUCGAAUUGACGGCCGAGGAAGACGAGGAUGAGGGCUUUCUCGAAACCAGGCACCGGGGCGACGUCACUAGAACUUAUUGUAAUGACGCGACGAGGGCUAAUUCCUUGGCUUGUUCAAAGGGUUCAGGCCAUUUUAAUUCGCCGGAGAAGAGGCACACUGGUUCUUCCGUGCCGAACUGCAUUUCAAGCUCGUGGCAGAAGAGCAGCGGGACUGGCGUUUUCAUUCCUAGCAUCGUCAAGUCAAGAACGCGGCACGCGUCGGAUCAGAGCGCAAGCUAUGGGAGGAAAAGGAUUUACAGGCAAGUGGAUCAGAGCGAGAACAGCAACAAGUACUUGUCGAUGACGACUUGGAGGUCUAAAAGAGAGAUGAGGCUGUCCAGUUAAACUACGAUCGAUGCAGGAUCAAGGUCCAUGGAAUGAACCGUAUAAUACGGACCAAGGUUCAUCUGUGAUAAGAAUUUACUUUCUGCAAGUUCAAAUUCAGCUGUAGAAUAAUGGAACGACGGGCUAAGCGGGAUUCGUGCCCGAUUUCCGAUCUGCAGCAUGGAAGAUGGAAGCUGUUAGACGGCGGCACGUUUGUAUUCGAGCAGUAUCGAUCAUGCUGUUGUUUGAUCAGAUGUUCGGAAAGCUUAGGGCAGAUUUAUGCAUUGCUUGCUGUCGGCGCUCUCUCCAUGCGGCGAAGCCUCUCAUCAUGUAGCUCGAUCGUAAAUUUCCUUUCUGCAAAUAAUAAUGUGGAAUGUUAUAAAUGUAUAAAGCUUCUAAAACA